UUUCAAUUCUUUGUUUUUCCUUCACCGUUUGCCCUCUUUUCCUUAUUUCACUACGGAUGUGCACUUGCGCCGAUUCCGCACAACGAUGAGCGGAAAUGGAUCGGAUUCAUCUGAAGAUGAAUGGGUCACAUCGACAGUAAUUGAACCAGCUAAAUCAAAGACUAAGACGACCACGACGUCUUUUUUUCGUAGCAAUAGUAACUACAACCACAUACCCACAACUACGUCGUCUGCCAUCUUUGCCACUAGCACCGCCAGCAUUUCCACCUCCACAACCAGCAGUAGCAGCACUUCAACCAUCAAUAUCUCCAGAACUGCCACACCAACCGCCAAACGCCUGGCCGUUUCGGAUGCAACGAUUCGAACCAUAAAAGCUAAUUUACCCAAAUCCAGUACUCAAAAAGCACAAGACCAAGCAGCUUAUAUUACACCCCAGGAUCUUGAACAAUUCUGUCAAACGGCAGAUAGCCCUAGUUUCAUUCAAAAACUUGUUGAAACGUACAAGAGUGCCGAAACCUAUUUACGGAUCCGUGAAAUUGAAACGAGCAAGUUGACAAUCGAUGUUCGCCUUAGUGAAUGUCUACAAGAAUGUCCUGACCCUGGCGCUUUUGUUUUGGUGAGAAGAACAUAUAUGUAGAAGUGGUGGACGCGCAAAUCUCGGAUUUUGACGUGGCAAUUGAUCUAUGAUCUUGCUGUGUACUGUAAGCAGAACCCAGGG